ACUCAGGUGCGCAAAGCCGUGUCUUCGCCUUGUUCCCAUUUGAUUCCCUCUCUGAUUUCUCUGGAGAGGGAAAUUCCUCUACCGAAGAUUCCCAGCCCCCCCCCGCCGAAAACAAACAAAAAGAAACAACCUCAAGAGGGCUGGGCAAAAGAUACAAAGCUCUCCAAGGCGGUGGGACUCCUCCUCUUGACAACUGACUUCUCCUUUAAAUGUCUGCAAAGGCAGGCUCCAGCUAGAGUUGCUUUUGUGGCUGCUGGGGGAAAGUCUGUUCUCCUUCGGGAUGGGGCACUGGCUUCUCCGAGGCUCACCGACCACAUGUGCCAGUUAAAGCAGUCAGUUCCUAUGCGUCCUCUUUUCUGAGCCUCCCACUGCAGUGCUGAUUUUUGUGCUUCCUUCUGGAAACCUUUCCUCUACCUAAUGCCGGCUAAGAGGCCAGGCAGAGACGGGGCUCAGCCUGCACGUGUGGCCGUGAGGAGAAGCAAAGCAGAGGGGCAGGCUGCGUGGCCAGCUCUCAGAGGAGCAGUUGAAGCUGUGAGGCUGCUACAGUGAGAGCCUUGGCAGAGUCCUGCUCCCGGAAGUGCCCUGGAGGGGUGGAGGGUGUCUGCAUCCAGGAUGAGGAGGUCUCCAGAAGUGGUUGUCAUGUGAGCUGGCUAUGAGAAAUUGUAGUGGAUUCCUGAGCAGAGUGCCACCUGCCCGGGGUCUGAAGACAGGAGGGCAGGAGUGUUCCUGUGCAUGGAGCCGGUGAAGAAGGCCCCCCGAUGUCUGCUUUGCUGGUGGUCUGGGCUGUGCUCCUGCCCUCAGGGUUCACCAGCUACCUGGCCAGCGGAGGGACGUCAUGGCGACAUUGCACAGACCUGCGCCCCCUGGAUAUUCUCUCGGAAGUGGUUCCGACUAGUGGUGUGAGAAGUGGGAUUCGGAUGCUCCAAGUGCAGGGGGCACGUGGGUUUCAGUUCUCUGCAUCAGCACGCCAUGCCCUGAGCUUCCCGGCUUCCCAGAUUUUCCUCUACUGUGACCUCUUCCCAGAGGAAUUCUCCAUCAUCAUCACCCUGAGGGUCCUCAGCGUCCCACCAAAGAAAAAUGAGUACAUCUUCACUGUGGUGAAGGAGGAGAGCAACACGGUGCUGGUUGGGCUCAGGUACUCGCUGAACAAACUCCACUUCCUCUUCUGGAGCAGAGAGCUCUCCAAUGGCUGGCAGACCCAGGUCACCUUCCAAGGCAUCUCCUUAACUGACAAUCAGUGGCACACGCUUGUCUUGGCCGUGUCUGGGCAAUUCUUCUCCCUGACUGUGGACUGCAGUAUCCCCAUUGACGUGGUGGUGGAUACACCCUUCCCCGCAUCCUUGUCCGUGAAGGGAUCCAGGUUUUAUAUUGGGAGCAGGAGGAGAAGGAAAGGGCUAUUCACGGGCUUGUUAAGACAGCUAGUCCUGUUGCCAGGAUCUGAUGCUACCUCAAGGAUGUGCACUAACAUGAACUUUAAGCUAGCAGUGCUCUCCAUCCCCCCAGUACUGCAGGAUCUCCCAGUGAAGCCAGCGAGCAAUGAGGUGCUGAAAUACCCUUACGAGGCUGACAUGAAACUGACUCUGGGAUCCCGACCUCCCUGCACGAAGAAUGAAAAGGCCCAGUUCUGGUUUAAUGCUUCUCGGAAAGGGCUCUAUCUAUGUGAUGGGAGUGCCUGGGUCGCCAUGCUAGAAGUCAAAGAGAGGCUGGAGUAUGUAGAAGAAUAUCAGAACUUGAUGACCAACUCUGAAACCAUGGGCAUUGAGAUCUUCGUCAUUCCAAAGGUCGGGUUUUUUGCAGCCACAGCCAAUCGGUAUACUCCGCCUGGGUCAGCUAUCUACAAAUGGACUGAUGGGAAAUUCCAGUCUUACCAAAACAUCCCCACCUACCAAGCUCAAUCCUGGUGCUAUUUCACCAUAGGAAAAAAGAUCUUCCUAGCAGUGGCUAAUUUUGAGCAGAAUGAAAGGGGUCAGCAGUUCUCUGUAAUUUACAAGUGGAGCCACAGAACAGAGAAAUUCUUCCCGUACCAGCGGAUCGCCACGCACAGCGCUAGGGACUGGGAGGCCUUUGACAUUGAGGGAGAGGCCUUCCUCGCGGUUGCCAACCACAGAGAAGGGGAUAAUCACAACAUCAAUAGUGUCAUAUAUCGGUGGAACCCCAGGACUGGACUUUUCGAGGCCAACCAGACCAUUCCUACCUCUGGAGCCUACGACUGGGAAUUUUUUACUGUUGGACCUUACUCUUUCCUGGUCGUGGCCAACACAUUUAAUGGCACAUCUACGAAGAUCGACUCCCACAUCUACAUCUGGCUUGGUGGCUCCUUUCAGCUCUUCCAGUCAAUCCUGACUUUUGGUGCUGCCGACUGGGAGGUCUUUCGCAUUGGAGACAGAAUCUUCCUCGCUGUGGCUAACAGUCACAGUUACGACAGUGGAACCGUAGUGCCGAACAACUACUACGCCAUCAACUCCUCCAUCUAUGAGCUGAACAUCACGGCACAGAUGUUUGUCAAGUUUCAGGAUCUUCUCACCUACAGUGCUCUGGACUGGGAAUUCUUUUCAGUGGGAGAAGAUUAUUUUCUGGUGGUAGCAAACUCCUUUGAUGGAUUCACCUUCUCUGUGAACAGUAUUAUAUACAGGUGGCAAGGGUAUGAAGGCUUCGUAGCAGUUCAUCGUCUUCCGACGUUUGGCUGUCGAGACUGGGAAGCGUUUCACACAACGGCGGGCUCCUACCUCAUGUACUCGAGUGCCAGGGAACCACUCUCCAAGGUGCUGAAGCUGAAAACCGUCUGAGCAGCUAUUCAGUGAUGUCUGUUUGCUGCCAGGAGCGGGGCAGACCCAGGCAAAGAAGCAACUUGUAUGGCUCGGCCCAGGCUAGAAUUAUCCUCCUGCAGGAAAUAUGCCAACUCAGGAUUGCUGGGAAAGUCUGAAGCCGAGACAAGAAGAGCCUCAGAGCCAAAUCCCUGGGGUUGGUUGAGCUGUGCUCUGCGCAGGACCUGGACAGACAGGGAAAGUGGUUCUAUGGCACCUUUCCCAUUCCUCGAUCCAGGAGCUGGCCGGGGCACCAUGCAAGCCCAGCUACGGCUUGAGCCAGAUGGCGGCUGUCAGGCUGGUGCCGUUCUGAGCUCGGAUAACAUGCAGCAGUGGAGAUGGUCCGAGGGCACAAUCUAGUUCUACGUUCAAACUCAUCCUAGGCAGCCAUCUGUUAGCUCACUCUGCAGCAGACCCCAGCGGGUGAGAACACCAGCUCUGAGGAGUGUCCAGCCUCCAUUGGAUUGGUCUGAUGCACAAGCCUUGCAUGGUUAUGUCCUCUGGUAAUGCUGCCCAUGUCCUCCAAGGUGUAUUGAUUCUUGUUUCCAUGUCCACCUGCCUGUAAUCCUGAGGUGGCGUGCAGUGUCUGUCUAACCUCCUCCCAUUGUUGUUGUUGUUUCCAGUCAUUUCCUGUAAGUGACGUGUUUAUAUUGCAGAAAUCAAUAGGUAUAUUUUACAACCAUGCGGGGUAGAUGGAGAUGUAAUGAUUUAUCACUUACAAUGAUGGAGGCAGUGGUGGCAGUUCCACAGUUACGGCUGCACUGAGAUUUGCACUUAGAGGGAUUUUAGUCAUUAGAGUAGCAGGGCAGAUCCUCAGCUGGUGGAAAUCACCCUCGCACCAUUGGCCCCUUGCCCCCCAAUCUGGCGAAGUCAUUUUCCCAUGGAAGCGUCUGUUUAAUUGUUUUAGUGAGAUAUUCACUCACAGUCACAGGGGGAACAUUGCAAAAUGCUCCAGUUGCAAUUUUGUCCUGUUUUUCUCAUCCUUCUUUGGGGUCCUCUGCUUAACCAACCAGAGGUCUACCACACCGUAGGCUCAGAGACAGAGCCCCCUUUGAACCCUGAGCAUGCACGGAGUUAUCGCCAUUAUUAAUCACCGCUCCAGCCAGCCUGCCCCGGCUCCCCUGGUGCACCAAGCAGCAGCUCUGGGAGGCUGAGCACCAGGAGAGGGGGCAUGCGGGCGGCAGGAGCAUAUGAGGGGAGCAUGGGGAGACAAUUGGGGUGUGAUCUAGAGGGGAA